AUGGCUAUCAAAGCUGGAGAUCUGGUAGCAACCGUACCUGGUAGCUCACCAACAACGAUUGCAGACAGGAAGACGAGGACGAUUGGCAAUACCGACACUCAGUGGGGGAUCACCGUCGUUAGCGGUCUUCCGAACGUUCCCAGUAACUCCGGUUCCAAGUACCCCGAUAUUGUCAAGCAAACCGUUCCAACCCAGUACAAGCGCGGCGCUGGCAUGGACUUCGACUUCGACCUCAAGCUAACAGCAACGACAACAAGAACAAGUCACGAUGCAAUAGAAGGAACAAGUAUGGCGAUCAAUGAUCAUUGUAUUUGA